AUGAGCAUUUUGACCCCAUCGCCGACCGCAUACCCCGUGUGGUGGUGGAGUUAUCCAGCCAAAUGUGAACCAGACAUCGUUCGGAACUCCUGCGUGGGAUUAUCCCCCAUUCUCCCCUACCACACCACAACCCCGGGCCAAAUUGCCAUACAAAUUAUGAUGAAUUCAAUACAAUCACACCCACACACAUGUUCACAAUCUUGUGUCCUUUUCACUGAAUCAGUUGCAGUUGAUGAUGAUGAUUCUUCAUACUCACACUCUCUUGAUGAAGCUGGUUCUCUUGAUGAGAAUAUUGAACACUCAGAUGUCUACUGUUCAGAUGAGGCAAAAUCAGAUCAACAGAUGAAGCAUCUCAAGAUGAUACUUGAGAUGAACAAGAAGAAGCAAAGAGUUCUAGAACUUGAACUACAACUGGAAAAACUCUGUCAACAGAGAUUCUCAUCCUUCACAGAUCAAACACAGAAUGUCAACAAUCAUUCUAUCAUCACAUCAACAGCCUGUACAGCCACAUGGAAUUCUAAUCUCAGUGAAAGAUUGGAAUUCAAUCUUUAUAAAUCAGAUAGCUGUGUUGACAAGACAAUCUCUCAAUUCAAGAAAGAUGUCAAGAAUACUGUGUCAGAUCACAUUUCUUCAAAUGAAUCAGAGAUCUAUCAGAUGACAAACCUUGUAGAGGUUAUCAAUGUAUCAGCCUGUUUUAUGAAAUCUCACAAGGAUCCCUUCAACAGGUGUUUAUACAUAUCAAAAGACAUCAUCUUUCAGAAGAACCUUUAUUUUGCUGAUUCAUUGAUGCUGACUACUUCACACAACCUGAAGGUUCUACUCAAUGCGGCCUGUAAGGCGGCUGCAGUGAUUCCUUCGGCGACACUAGGCCUACUGACUGCAGCCUUUGAAUCUGAUGACUCUCUGACAUCUACAAGAGAUAUCACUAUAGUGAGGGAAUCAACAGUGAGGAAAUCUUCAGUGAAGAACAGUCUUGAAGAUCUACUCACUGAUCCUGAGAUCACUGCACUUCUGAUCCUGAAAAAUCUCACGCGCGCCAAAGCUUUCAUGAAAUGA